UAAAUUAUAUCAUCAACCAAAGCAAAAUCAAGCUAGAGAAACUUCUUCAAUUUUCUACUAAACCACAUUUAUAUACAAGCAAGAUUUUUAAUUAAUUCAUAAUGAGUUCAACAAGCAGAAUUUGGACAGUUGCAGCAAGUGUUGGAAUUGUGGAAGCAUUGAAGGACCAAGGCUUAUGUAGGUGGAAUUAUGGUUUAAGAUUAGCACAAUAUCAUGUUAAAAAUCAUUUGAGAUCUUUGUCUCAAGCAAAGAACCUUUCUUCUUCCUCUAAUAAUUCUUAUGCUAUGGUUUGUAGUAGAUUUAAGGAAGAAGAAGCAAGGCAAUCAGAGGAAUCUUUGAGGACAGUCAUGUAUUUGAGUUGUUGGGGUCCCAACAAUUAGAGCCAUUAAUUUAACGUCUAUUAAAAAAAGAACAAAUAUAUAUUGUGUUUUGGAUCAUGAUGAUCAAUA